CAGGAAGAAGAAGAAGACCCACUUUUUGGCCUUGGCUUUGAUCAUGCAAUUAAAACCCAGGAUGGGAGUCCUUCCUUUUCAUCUCUGCUCCAAAAACAGCUCCUUCCUUUCCUGAUGUCACUGUCAAAAAAAUUCAAACUCAGAACCCUCCUCCUCUUCCUAUGGCUCCACCUUCCCAUGCUUGGCUGCCCUUGGUCUCUCCUUCCUGGCUGAAUAUGAGACAGUGAACCUGGCUCUUUUGGGGGGAUCCUGGAUCACCAGGUAGAUCAUACCCAACAGGAUCCAAGGCGACGGAUGACCUAUUGUUACGUUCAGGCCUUUUGGUUCAUCUCACUCAAGAUAAGUCAGAUCCAUGAAGUAUAACGUUUGAGAUACUGUCCAGCCUAAGAAGAGCUGAAUGCAGUCUUCAGCAAACACCUUGAAGCACUUUAAACAGCGGAGGAAUAUGCCCAAGCAGGUAAAUGGCACAAAGAACGGCCUGGCCAUUAGCCCCGAAGACGACGAGCGCCAUCUUGGAGAAGACCUGGACGCGUUCCUAAGCGAUGAGCGGCAUCUGCGUCUCAUUGAUGACCUUACCAAAGUGAACCCUGUAACCACAAAAACCGUCCUCAGGUGCCUUCAAGCACGAUACGCGGCCGAUGUCUUCUAUACCAACGCCGGCUGCAGUCUUGUAGCGGUCAACCCUUUCCGUCCGAUUCCGCCUCUCUACUCGCAAGAGCUCAUGAAUGAAUACCAUGCCGCCACCUGCCUCCAGGAGUUAAAGCCACACGUUUUUGUGGUGGCAGAAGAAACGUACCGAAACGUCCAAAGCCAGAUUCCGCCAGUAAACCAGUCCAUUAUUGUCAGUGGAGAAAGUGGUGCCGGAAAGACAUGGACGUCCCGUUGCCUGAUGAAAUUUUACGCUACUGUCGCUGCUUCGUCCACCGUCCCUAAAGGCAGCAUUACAGUGGAAAGGAUAGAGAAGAGAGUGUUGGACUCCAACCCAGUCAUGGAAGCUUUUGGGAACGCCUGCACUUUGAGGAACAGCAACAGCAGCCGGUUUGGGAAAUACAUCCAGCUGCAGUUAAACAGAUCUCAGGUUCUCACAAGUGCUUCCAUUCAGACCUUCCUGCUGGAGAAAACAAGAGUUGCUUAUCAAGCCCCGCAGGAGAGGAAUUUCCAUAUUUUCUAUCAGAUUGCAAAAGGUGCCACUGAAGAGGAGCGACGAGAAUGGAGUCUCCCUCGCGGCGCGAACUUCUUCUGGCUGCCAAACUCUGAAAAAGCUUUAGAAGAGGACUGCUUCGAUGUGACACGGGAGGCAAUGUCCCAUUUGGGCAUUGACAGUUCCACACAGAAUAACCUUUUUAAGAUAUUAGCAGGCUUACUCCACUUGGGCAAUAUUUGGUUCUCUGAAUCCGAAGAUGAGUCACAGCCUUGCAAACUGGAAGAUGGUGCCAAAGAUUUUGCAAAGACCACUUCCAGACUGUUGAAAGUGCCCAUAGAGGAGCUCCUGGACACACUGAGCAUCAGGACGAUAAUGGCCGGGAAACAGCGGCAGGUUUUCAAGAAGGCCUGCGCCAAGGCGGAGUGUGAGACGCGGAGGGACUGCCUGGCCAAAGUGAUCUACGCCAAGAUCUUUGACUGGCUAGUGACUGUGAUCAAUGGAAGCAUUUAUGCAGAUCCUUCUGUGUGGAGCAAUUUCAUAGGUCUGUUGGAUGUAUACGGCUUCGAAUCCUUUCCGGAGAACCACCUGGAACAGCUGUGCAUCAACUAUGCCAACGAGAAGCUGCAGCAGCAUUUUGUCAGCCAUUUCCUAAAGGCGCAGCAGGAGGAAUAUGCCAUGGAAGGGUUUGAAUGGUCCUUCAUAAACUACCACGAUAACCAAAGUUGUUUGGACGUGAUCGAAGGCAGUCCCAUUAGCAUCUUCUCUUUGCUGAACGAGGAAUGUCGUCUCAACAGACCCUCCAACGCCGGGCAGCUUCAAAACCGAAUCGAGAUCGCACUGUCGGAUAACCCAUGCGUUAGCCGGGAUAGGUUUCAUAAGGAGCCGAAUUUCAUCGUUUCCCAUUACGCUGGCAGCGUCUGUUACCGGGUGGAAGGGAUGGUAGAAAAGAACAAGGACCCUGUCCCGCCGGAAUUAGUCCUACUGCUUCAGCGAUCCCAAGAUUCCUUGCUUCGGAAGUUGUUUCCUAUGGAGGCCUCGAGAAACGGAGACGACGUCAAAAGUCAGACCAAACCAGUCGUGGUGACAGUAGUCUCCAAAUUCAAGGGUUCCCUUGAACAGCUGAUGGAGAUCCUAUGCAGCACCACCCCACACUACGUCCGGUGUAUCAAACCCAACACAGAAUGUGAAGCCUCUCUGUUCCGACAAGAGGAGGUUCUAAGUCAGCUAGAAGCAUGCGGCAUUGUGGAAACGGUCAACAUCAGCGCUGCUGGUUUUCCAGUGAGGAUCGCCUUCAGAAGCUUUCUAGAGCGUUAUGGGGUGCUAAAGAAAUCACGAAAGCUGAACUCAAAAGCCACGAUGCACCAGGAGAAUGGCUUCCCCAACAUGAUGGAAAACGGUUGGGCAACAGCACCUUUUGCAGAAGAAGGUGAUGCCUUAUGCUCUGCGGUCCAGGGCAUCCUUUGGCAAGUGUGUGCCAAUGCAUCCUCCCUUAAGCCCUUAGCGCACAAGCCCUGUGACCCUCCAGCGUACUGUGGCAAAACCAAAGUAUUUAUGACCAACGCCAUGCUGGAGGUCCUUGAAGCAGAGCGAGCGCAUGUCUUGUCUGAGAAGGCAUUCUGCAUCCAGUGUUGUUGGCGGAGGUUUAAGGGGAGGAGGCUGGCAAAGCAAUCCUGGUCUGCCACCAUCAUCCAGUCAGGGGUUCGCUCAUGGCUAGCUAGGAAACGCUUCCAGAGGUUACGCAAGGCUGCGACAGUCAUCAAACGCGCAUGGAAAAAAUGGAAGGACAAGAUGGAUGCGAAGGCUGCAGAAGAACUGGACAAUACUGUCACAGAGGCCUUGCCCUCUUUCCCCAGAACCGUUCUUCCCGCAAGCGAGGCUGGUAGGGAUUUGGGAAAAUCAUGGCCGCGGAGCACAGCCGUUCAGUUCUGGCCCCUCGGACUUGUCCUAACAAGGGCUCCCAUGACAUCGGGUGGGUUCCAGCGAGACCUCGCCCUCCUGACAUGCCUCCAGGUCCUACAGAAGACUGACUUGUACAAGGCUGAAACCAAGACACCUGUACAUGGCGUCACUUCUAUCCGAGCGAUCCCACAGGGUUCCAUCAAGUUCCAUUGCAAGAAGUCCCCCUUGCUCUAUGCGGACACCAGGCCCCACUCUCAUACCUGCGCCAUGACCGGGUUCAACCAGAUUCUGCUGGACAAGCGGCUCUCGGCUUGAAAGCAGACCCGAGAACACUGGAUAUUGAUUACUUAUUGCACUUUAACUUGCUCUUUUUAAACCAAGCAGUCCCUUCCCCUUCAGCCACACUUUUAAUGCCCCUUCCUUUUACAAUGGCUGCCUUGGUGGGCCACCAAAACAGUCCUUCAUGAGGGUCAAGCUUUUAAAAUGUGUUCUUAAGUUAUAUAAUUCAUGGCAAAUCCCAUCCAAAGGGAUCUGCUGCAACUCAAGUAGCACAUCCCUUUGUGUUUGUUUUGGGUUUAAAGCUUUAGGAACUGUUUCAAAUGUAAGGGAAAGAUGCAAGCGUGUUUGUUCAUCUAUUGAAGUUCCAAAAACCAAACCGGGGAGGUUAUGCCAAAGAUUUUUUACAGAGGUUUUUAGGUGAAGGAUGCAAAGCAAAAUGGCUUUAUUCCCACCCAUCGCCUGCAGGCCAUGAACAGUUUUCCUAAAGAUAAAGAAUAAGUAUUUUAUUACA